CGGGUAGUCGGCGUAGUCGGGGUUUUGGGGGCAAACUGAGUCACGACCCCAUGUAGUAGGGUGUGAAGACAGUCCGCUUUUUCAGCAAUUUCGCGGCAAAGCUGCUUAUUAAUUGAAUAUUAAUAACUUCUUAAAUUGUACUGUACUGUACUGUAAAUUGUGCAAUUGUUGGUAAAGCCCUGUUAUCAUACUUAUUAAAUUAGAAAACCCCGACCAUCCCGACUACCCGUGGGUAUUACUCAUUUUUGCCACCCCAAAAUCCACCAAUACCCGCAAAACCCCAAUACCCCAAAAACCCGGGGUAGCAUAUUUACCCUGGUUAUGGGAUAUUAACACCUUUUUUAAAGCUUCGCCUGAAUUGCCUAGAAAGUUACUUACAUACAUCAAAAAAUCAAGCCAAACGUUAGGAAUCACGUGACACUCAUCUUUCCGAUGAAUUGCCCCUUUGAAGAAAAAUACUUUGGCGGCAAAGUUCAAUUUUUGAGUAAUUUUUCUCUUGCUUUUUCCUCCAAGUGGUGACAACGAAUCCGAAUGUGUGAACUAUGCUGGAAAUAUUUUUCUUAAAAAAGAUGCAAAUCAACAGAAAGAUAAAAGGUGUCAUCAGAUUCGUCAUUUUUGGCUUGAUUUUUCCAUAUGUAGAACACGCUACAAAAUCCUGACACAGAUUUUGAAAAAAGGGGCACUCUUCGUUAUGGAAUUUGAAUAAGGGGCAACCUUGAUUACCUUGCCUUGAUUUCAAGGUCAGACGUCAGAUUUCAAGGUCAUGUCAUUACAGAUAAGGUCUGAGGUUCAUGCCUUUGUCUAGGUUUAUCCAUACUUUUAAGAGUGCAAAAAAACGUAAUCUACUCAACUUCCUUGUCCAACCAUGUUCAAGUUCAAUAUCAUUUCAUUGACCUAAUCAGGCAUAUGUAAUGCCUAUGACGCAAUCUGGGAAAAAACUAGUCAAAAGACAUGCAAUAAACAAUUCCCUGGCUGCCGUUGUUACGCAAUAUUUGUCGAUUUUUCCUUCACUUCAACUUCCUACUUUGUCAAAUAAACUGUGACUUAUUCAUUAAAAGAAUAAAUUCAGCAAUGAUUUUGGGUUUUAAUGUCGUUUAUUUUAUUCUCGUUACGAUAUUGUUCCCCACAUCAUCAAAUCAAACCUCAUUACAGGAAGAUUUAACCUUAACACAGACAGAGUUGGAAAUAUUAAACAAGUUUAGGGAAUUGGUAAAACCUCGACUUCCACAUGAGUAUAUGAACCAAGAUAUUUAUUUGAUUACGUGGUUGAGAGCAAAAAAAUUUGACAUUCCUGCUGCUGAAAACAUGCUGAUGGAGAAUUUAAAAUGGAGAAAAGUACAUAAUAUGGACAAUAUUCUAAAGGAAGACUGGUCAGAUUUUGAGCAAGAGUUUCGUUUCGAAAUUCAAGGUUGUGACAAGGAAGGAAGGCCUGUCGUGUCAAUCCCCGUUGGCGAUUGGGACGUUAGACGUGCCGUCCUUGCCGGGCAGAGUGAUAAACUGAUCCGAUAUUUCGACAAGCUCCUCGAGGAAGUAACCACGUUAAUCCGGGUAGCACAACAAAGUGGGGAAAACAUGACCCGAUUUAACCACAUUAUGGACAUGGCCAAUUAUAAUUUGCGAAUACAAGCUUGUCCGUUGUGCAUUCCUGUCUACGUGAAUCAUUUCCUCUCAUAUGAAAAUCAUUACCCUGGAACUAUGAAUUCCAUCAAACUUGUAAAUUGCCCACCGAUAUUUCUCUCGUUGUGGCAAAUCAUACGAGAAUUUCUCUCCCCAACGACAAAAGAUGCCAUAAAGCUGUACGGAAAGGACAAAAGUGAAUGGAAAACUGCACUCUUGAAAGAUAUCGAUGCUUCCCAGCUCACUAAAGAAUUCGGUGGACUGAACGAUGAAGGAUAUUCGAUGGAAGAAAUUAGAAAAUUACCUAACCUCGAGUGUUCCAGACAAACCAAGCUAAGAUAGAAAUAACGUACCAAAACAGCGAUAUCUUACUGAAGUGGAUGGGUAAUUUCCUCGUUAAGAGUAACGAUUUGAAAACAUUCCACGAGGGAUGGAAUCCGUUCAGCAAUUAGGCGGCCCCACCUCUGACAAAAUGUGUCCUCGCUUAUCGAAGAUGUAAUUACCCCCAUUUGUUCCUGGCUUCCCCUCCGAGACGUGAAAAACUGUCGCCUCGUUUCCCGAACUUGGAACUCCGCUGCGAAACCAAUCCUCCGGAAGAAAAGCUGUAUUCGUCUCACCUGUUUGUUCGUUAAGGACGAAAUCGCUCGAAAUGCAAAGUUUCAGAGGGAAAUGGCCUUUUUCGGGAGACCCCUGCACCACGUGGUCAUUGAAAUUUGCCCAGAGGAAAUUAGUCCCGCCAAUAACGAUGACUCCCAGAAGACUCCAGCUUACCUCGAUAACGUCCAUUUUUUCACGAAAUAUCUCUCCGUGCAAAAUUUGUGCAUAACGGGACAUCUCGGGUGGCCCUCUAUGUUCCAAUUUAUUGAAAAUAUUCUCCUCUCGUGUUCCUCCGACUUGGUCCAAGUCGAGAUUAAGAUGAGUAUUGAUGAAGAUGCAAUUAAAGGGGAUGACCUUAGAAGAGAAUUUUGUGGCGGGAAGAUCUUCAACACGGUGAAAAAGCUGGUCCUUUCGUUUUACGCGGAAGAAGAGUUUGAAGUGUCGGCGAUCAGAGUAGGACAAAUUUUGGCGGCUUUUCCAAACAUUUUGGAUCUAUGGGUUGAUGCUGGCCUGCUUCGGCUUGUGUUUCGUGAGGGAAGUUUGUGUCCAAGCUUCUUAUCCACACUACGGGUCACGGAGGACAUGACUGGCUCCCAGUGCGCCGCCCUCCUAAAUCUGACCCAGCCCCUUAAGAGCUUAUACAUCCAGGCCGCCUUCAACCCACCCAGCGACGAUUGGGACGAGAAGGUCGACAUCGACGUGGCCCCCGUUUUGUACAACGUCCUCUCCCGGCAUCGCCACACUUUGGAAUACCUUGCCCUCGGAUUGGACGAACUGUGCCGGCGGAGCGUUUGGAAACUUCCAAAUUUUCCAAACUUGAAACGAUUCAAUUGUCUGAGCGGCUGCGAAGAGGCGGUUACUUUCGAGUCGCGAAGUAUAAAUCAUUCGGAAACAUUUCCAAGGCUGGAAUCACUCCGGUUUGCUGAGUGGGAUGGGGAUUGGACGCCAUGUUUCCAGUCCUUUUUCCCCGCCAGGGCUGGAAUUUGUCAAAGUGUGAGGAAAUUCCACAUUUCGGAGUGGCUAGAACCGGACAGUUCGAGCGAUGAGGAAGACGAGGAGGGGAGAAUUGAUGCCAGAUUUGGCCGGAUUUUGAAAUUUUUUCCAAACGCGGACCAUCUUUUUAUGCAGAGAUUGAAGCGGUACUUGACACGGAAGAAACUCAUUCUUAAAUAAAUGGUGGGUGGGGGCCGGACAGAAAUUACGUAAGGCGAGAGAGAGUGUCUAAGGCGCCAAUGAAAUCGGGGACAGGUGCCUAAAAAAUCGAGAUUUUCGCGCAAGCGUAAUUUAUGGACGACCCCUGGCCAAAUUUGUAUCGGCUUGACUUAUGUAACUGAUAAGUCCGAAUUUGAGACUAAAAUUACAUGCAAAUUUGCACAUUCGUAAUUAACGAAUUGGUAUCAUAUGUACCUGUUCAAAAAAACUUUUUUCAGUCAAGGUUGUGUCAUCCUGAUUUCUGCCUGGAGAUUUUCAUUCAUAUUCAUCUUUUUUUUUCAAACGCAUUUCAUUUCACUUCACCUGACCUCAUUUCUAACUCGUCCCAUGUAUUGAUAGGUUUAUGUUCUGAGAUGUAUACUUUUUCAUGGGUGAAAAAUGAAAGGAGUUAGAAAUCCUUUCAUUCACAGUCACUCAUCUGAAAUGACGUUCAUAAAUUAUGUAACGCUAGAGAAGGGGGGUGGGGUCUUCAGACUUGCGUUACAGGAUGUGAUAAGGGGGGUGGGGGGUCAGAGUCCUGCGUUACGUCACUCAAAUUCAAAUUAACAAUUAUUCGAGAAUUUGUUCAAAAUGCUCGGAAACUUUCAAAAUCUUCCAAAUUGUUUUAAAAUUUCCAAAAAUUCUCGAAAAUUCCCGGAAACUUUUCGUCUUGCGUUUGCACGAUAAUUCAAUAAAGAUAGCAAAUAACUGAUAUAAAAAUUGAAAAUUUCGAAACCAUACGCAGUGUCGUAUUAAAAUGUCAACCCUUCGCUGUAAAAGAUUGAAAUUUGGGAAAAGAUUUACACUUACGGAUAUACGAUAGGAAACUCAACCACCACAAAAUAUGCAUACAUAAUUUGAGUUCUUCCGACGAAGGGAACUUGUUGCAAUUUUACGAUGUAUACAACUUUAAUUAAGUAAUUCGAUUAAAUCAAUUGAUACAAUUUUACAGCAUUCUGUAUGUUCAAAAACAUGCAGAAAUGACGGUAGCAACCACUAUUCGACCUUUCAUUUUUUAAAUCUUUAUCCCUUACAUUUUCGGGAAAAUGAGAUUUUCGUUACGUUCCACAGGGGGAGGGGGAGUAGUGGUCUUGCGUUACACUAGUGUGACAGAGAAGGGGGGAGUCUGAAAACUCGAUUUUUGCGUUACAUAAUUUAUGAACGCCCCUAAUCAGUCAGAUUUAUGAAAGUGAACAGGUAUGAUUUGUAUUUGUAGAUGUCAAUUCAAAAAAUAAAGU